AUGGCUGAAUUACUGGAACUCCAAAAUAAGUUGGUAUCGAUGAAGUGCUGCCUGUGCAACAAUUUUCUAUCAGUGCCACCCAUAAUGGUGCUCUCUAAAAAUGGAAAGCAAUCGAAAUGUGGAAGGUGUAAAAACAACAAUGAGAAACCAUCGAUUUGUAGAAAUUUCACUUUUGAGAAUGUUGCGAUGGACUUCUCAUUUCCUUGCAUAUACAAAGAUUGCAAUGAAAUGAUUCCGUGGAAAGAGGUGGAAAGUCAUGAAGACGCUUGUGAUAAAAAGACGAUUAAAUGUCCAAUUUAUUACCAAAAAUGCGAAGGAAUUUUUCAGGUGCGAAACUUGGAGGAGCACUGUAAACGUUAUCAUGAGAAGAAUAUUUAUUAUGAAACUUUCAAUUAUUCAAUAAAGGCCUCUGCAACUAUGAUAAGUUUUGUUCUAUACGAUAAUUACCAGUUCAUUACAACAAUUGCAACACAUAAUGGAAUAUCAGAGAUAAAUGUUGCUUUUUUGAAAAAAAUCAAUGAUGUUUUCACAUACGAUUUGCAACUAAUCAGCACACGAAAUGAUACUUUUGUCACGUAUAAGAAUCAGCCAACCAGCAAAUAUGAUGAGAGAAAUCACCAUCAUAGAUGUAUAAUAUAUUCUGAAUGUGAAAGGAUGAAUGGCUAUCCUCAUGCAGAAGUAAGAGACAAUGCUCCUGUUGAUAUUUUGUUCAAGAAAGUCGUUCUUGUUGCCGUGAAAUCUCUUUUUGGUGAUAUUUCCAGAUACAGAAUAAAAAUCGUUCCGAAUAAGGAAUAUAGGAAUAACAACAAAGAAACAUCUAGCGACACUGCAAAAAUAGAAAAUCCUAAGAAUGAAGUGAACAUCGUAGAUGAAUGUUUGGAAAAGCUUAAAAGGCAAUUUCUUUGUCCCAUAUGUAUGGAGUACAUGGUUGAUAAAAUCUAUAACUGCGAAAAAGGACAUGUAUUGUGCAAAAACUGCAAAGUCCAGCUGACUGAAUGUCCUUCUUGUAGAAUAAAACUUGGAGAAGCAAGAUGUUUCCCUCUGGAAAAUUUGGCAGAUGAAGUAGUGCUCGCUUGUCUAUAUUCCAAAAAUGGUUGUGAAUUCACUGAAAAACUAAAAUUGCUCUCUCAACACGAAAAAGAAUGUGUACAUAAACAGGAUUGA